CUGCACUACAGGAAGAGGAGGAGGAGGAGGACCCGCCUCGAGGAGCGCGUUGUUCAACCUUCACAACAACACAGAGAGUCCGGAUCUCAGAGAACAGCGGAGCGAAGUUCAUCACACAGAGCGCGGUUCCCUACAGGUCAUGGCUGUUGGAGAGCUUUGCCUAAUAGAUAAAGAUAUUUCAAGUUUAUUAGAGGUUCCAUUAAAGUCCAGCAUCACAUCUGUAAAUCUCCACUGUAAUCGACUGUCAAAGAUUGAAGGUUUGACAACAGCAUGGCACAUAAGACACCUGGACCUCUCGUCCAAUCACAUCUCUCGCAUUGAGGGCCUCGGUGCACUUACAUCAUUGCGCACCUUAAACCUGUCGUGCAACAGUAUCACCAAGGUGGAAGGUCUCAAUGGACUUACAAAUGUCACACGGCUCAAUUUGUCUUACAAUCAAAUAAAUGACCUCACUGGCCUAUUAUAUCUUCAUGGAACUGAAUACAAAUUGAAGCAUCUCCAGCUUCACGGUAACCAUCUGGACAACAUAAACCAUCUACUGCAGUGCAUGGUGGGAUUGCGAAAUCUGAGAGACAUGACUCUCCGUAGAGACGGUGUGGAUAAUCCAGUCUGCAGUCUUCCUGGCUACAGAGAGAUGGUCCUGCAGUCCUUGCAGCAAAUCUCCACUCUGGAUGGAGAAGACAGGCUGGGGAAUUGGGUCCCUUCAGGAGAUGAGAGCCCACUGGAUGUCCCUGGCCUGGAAGACUUUGUGGAAUUUCUCAUUUCCGCAGACAAUAAUGUCAACACUGAGAUGGUGCAGCCAGAUGCUCCUCUCCCCACUCCACGGAUUGAUGAGGUUCUUACUCAGUUUAGACACCGAGGCAGAGCUUCGGGGACGCCCGAUGAAAUGGCUUCGCAAGAACGACCUCAGCUCAGCCCUCACAGACGAGACCUCACCUCAGAGAACCGGACAAAUGAGCUCCGCAUUAAAAAACUAGAACAGCAGGUGUCCCAGCUCUUCCACAAGACUCCAGCAGGCAGUGUCCCUGAUGCAAAUGUAGCUUCUCAGUCUGUGGUACAGAAAGCAAAAAGGGACACAGAUCAGACAUCAGAGAGCGAGUGCGACAGCGCAAAAGAGAAUCGUCGACUCUCAAGAAUUCCUUGCCCAAGAAAGACUGCAGGACAGAAGCUGGUAAAAGAGGCUAAAAGCAAACGAUCAGACAGUGAAACAGAUGCACAAAAGCGGAGGGGCUCAAAGCUUGCCGCUGUCUCCAGGCGAAGGGUGAAUGUUCAGAGCGUGGGAUGUACAGACGCGGCGACCUCAGGGAAGAAAGGCCUUAGAGCGGGCCGAGCCACUCCUGACAAAGCCCUACAUCAAACCGAAGAGGAGACAUACAGAGCGAUAGUGGAGGAGCGGGACCAGGAGCGGGAGCGGCGGUGGAAGGCAGAGCAGGCUGUAAAAAGGCUCACAGAGCAGGUGAAAGGUCUGCAGAUGCAAGCAGUUGAGGAGAAAGAUCUCCAGAGCAUGGCGCUACACACAACUAACCGACUGAAGGAGUUGCUGCUGAAGGAGCGCUCGGACCGGGCAGCACUUCAGGCUCGGGUGGAGGAGCUGGAGGAAAGGUGUAAGAACUCAGCUGAACAGCUGGAGCUCCUGCACAGCCGAGAGGACCAGCACAAGAGGGCGCUGCGCUGCCUGGAGGAGAGCGUGUCGCAGGGAGAGGCACUGAGGGCCAGGCAGAAGGCUGAGGAGAUGAAGAGGAAGCAGGAGCUGGAGAACAAGUGUGCUGUUCUGAAGCGAGAGGUAGACAUACUCAGGGCAUCGCUGCGGCAGCAUAAGGACAAACUACAACAACUGCAAGAGCUGCUGACCUCCAGAGAGGAGGCUCACAGGAAAGAGCUGUCUACACGGCUGGCUCCUGGUGGGGCUGAGUUUCGGGAGGCCGUGAGGAAGGAGGUGGCGGCUGUGGAGCAGAGGCACAAUCAGAGAUAUGCUGAGAUGGAGCAGAAACUGUCUGAAGCCCGUCAGCAGUAUACCAGCCUGGAGGAUGAGUUUCGCAUGGCUCUCACCAUUGAAGCAAAGCGCUUUUCUGAGGUAAAGGAAGGAUUUGAGCUUGUGUCUGCUCAGCUGUCGGAGGUGAAGGCAGCUCUGAAUGAGUCUCAGGCAAAAGCGAAACAGUCAGGCUCUCUGGUGCAGGAGCUCACAUCUAUGGUGAAAGAACAGAAAGCUCGAAUAGCCGAACUCAUCAAAUCCAAACGCGACGCUGUAACUGAAUUAAAGACGAGAGUUCGGACACUGGAGGCAGGAGCAGAGGAGGACAGGCGUUUGAAUGUGCAGCUGGAGCUCCUGAAAAAAGAAAAGAGCAGACUUAUCUCCCAACUUACUGCACAGGAGUCUGUUAUAGAAGGCCUUCGAGCUGAGAGGAGGCUCUGGGGACAGGAGCUGGCCCAGCAAGGUGCAUCCCUUGCUCAGGACCGAGGACGUUUGGAGGCCAGAAUUGAAGUUUUGUCUACUGAGCUGGAGAGCCAGAAGAAGCAGAAUGAGAAGGACAAUGAUGCGCUGAGGAUCAAAGCAAAGAUAGUGGAUGAUCAGACUGAGACAAUCCGCAAGCUAAAAGAGGCAGUGCAGGAACGGGAUGAGCAGCUUCGUGCACUGCGUGAGGAAAACUUGGAGACCCAGAGGAGAUUCCAGCAGCAGCGGGAGGAAGAAAAGGCCUCUGUGUCUGAGCUCCAAGACACUGUUGAAAAGCUCACCCUCAGGAAAGAGGAGCUUAAACAGCAGCUCUUUGACAAAGAGUCUGAGAUGGAUGAACUCAAACAAGCAUACAGUGCCUCAAGCCGAAAAUGGCAGGACAAGGCAGAUCUGCUGACCAGGCUGGAGAGCCAGGUGAAACGUAUGAAGGAGGGAUUCGAUGCCAAGGAGAGAGCGCUGCUGGAUGAACGGGAUAAAGCUUCCCAAGCACAUAAGGCAGCUGUUGAAAAGCUUCACUCCGUGGAUGAUGCUUUCCGUAGACAACUGGAAUCUCUGCAGGCCUCCCAUCAGGCUGAGCUGCUACAACUGGCUAAUGAGAAACAGAAACACAUAGAGCAGGCCAAUCAGAGGGUGUUCCAGGUGGAGGAAGAGAUGAGGCAGCUGCUGGAGGAAACCGAGAGCAAUAAAAGAGCAAUGGAAGAGAAAAUGAGACGUCUCACCAGUGUUCUUAGAGACUUUUAACCACACACAUGCUAUGUAUGCAAUGUUUUCAUGGAUUAAACUCGAAAAUAACUGUCAAAAUGUGCCUCGUCAGUCUGGGCAAGACUUGUCUGAAGUCUAAUGCAAGUUUAGGAAAGGCUUCUUUUACAAACAUCUACUUAUAUUUAUAAUAAAAUAUUUAUUUAAACUUGUUUAUUGUCAGUUAAUGUCAGAUUUUUUUUUUUUUUUUAUUCAAAUUAUUAUUAUUUUAUUCUUUAAGUUUGUUAUAUGAGCUAAAUUCCAGGUAAACAAUGGCAUGUAGACGACGUUUAGGCACCAUUGGUCAGGACCUGUCAAUGCAAUUUUUUGCUUAGCUAAGUGUUUCACAAUUUUUGUUUGGACAUAUUCAUCUUAUUGUACAAAGUCUAGUUUAGAGAUACUCUUGUCCUAUUGCUGCCCUGCUUGUUUGAGGUCUGUCCAAAGAUAUUUGAUGUUUAGGUCGGUGGACUGUGAGGACCAUGGAUAACCCUUUAGCUUGUUUCUCUUUAUAUAAGGCCAUUGUGGAUUUUAAAGUGUACUUAAGAUAAUUAUUCCUUCUACAAUCAGUGCUUCCUCGUCCACUGACUUCAACACAACACAAACUUGUUUCCAAAAUGCACUGGUCUUGUUUUCUUUUCUUUUUUCGAUGAUUCCUCCUUCAGAAUCACAUCAGAUAUUGCUUUAGAGUAGAGCAAUGCACCAGAGUCUGCUAAAUCGGCCUAAUGUGAUUUUUCAGUCAAACCGGUAUUUUUGAUUUGCUUUUCUAGUAAUCUUAUGAGCAGUUCACAAAGUGUUCUUGGUCUUUAGGAAUUGGCUACCUGAAAAUGCUUUGAUAUCCUUUUGUGUGGGUCAGUUAUUUUCAUUUACAAAGUAUUAGGCAGCUGUUUAGAGUAGCUGUAUACAUUUCAUUUUUUCCACUUUAACAUUGCAAACAAAAGUAAAAUACAACACUAAUAUCUGUAUAUAAAAAAAAAUUACAUUUUAACCUUCUGCUUUUUUUUACUAUGGUGCCUAAACUUUUGCAUGCCAUUGUAAUGCAAGGAUUGUUAAGCAGUCUUUUUUUUUUUUUUUUUUUAUGAUUAUUAAAGAAUUUAAUUUAAAAAAA